AUGGCAUUAAAAGAAAGUCACGAGAAAUUGAAAUAUCAUAGUAGUAAAUUGUCGUCGUCAUCCUCGUCGGCAGAUACACUCAGUAAUACUAAUAACAAUCUGACACACCGCCGCAUUCGUGUAGAAUCCGAAGAAAGUUCACAUGACGGUGAUGGUGAUGAUGGCUUGUCAACUCAACGAAUGACGAUAAAUCAUGAUGAGACGUCAUCACAGCAUUUAGAUGGAUCUCGUGGUAGCGAAUUACGACAAUUACAAGAUAGUUUAACACGUUUCUUCACACCAAGUAAUCGACGACGGUCACGAGUCGCACAGUCAUCAUUUUCGCUCGAUCAGCUUGACGAUCGCUCGAAUUCAGUUGAUAACGUUGAUAAUGAUGCGUUCAAAAAUGAAGAAUCGGAUGACGAAAAGGAAAGCCGUGAGGCGACAGCGUCAGCGGUAACAAUCGUAAAUACUGUUCUGAAUGGUGUUGUUGUUGGUGGUUCAGGAGUUAGGGAGAAGAGUAAAUCAACGAAAAAAAGGGAAUGGCAACAGCAUCAACAACAUCGUAAUAUGACGAACACUAACAGUGUCUCGGAUGGGAAGCGACUGACAAAAAGAGAUCAUUUGCGUCCGUUGACGGUAGCAGUCGAUGAUCAAACGUCAAUAAAGAUUGAUGCAGGAGUUCCGUCCAGUGGCAGUGCGUCCGGCUCACGCACGACGCAAUCAUCAUGGAAAUCUCAUCAUUCUUCCUUAACCGUUUCACCACACCGACGUAAUGAUGUGCUUUAUGACGCGCUUUCACCAUAUUUUAGUGCCAGCUCAGAAAAACGUCGCACAUUUUCGAAGGGUGAAUACGCUCAGUUGUCGGGUGUACGGAGACGGGGUAGAAGUGGUGAUAGCAGUUCGGCGCAAGAACAAAUUUCGCCGACUUCUCAAUGGAGCAUUGAACGUGCACGGGUCAGUCCAGAUCGUCAUUCAUCAUUCGAAUCGAUCUCCGCAGUCGUAACGUCCUCAGCAGCAGCAACAGAAUUGAUGAUUGCUGCUGCACAACAGCGUAACGGUGGUGUUGAUCAUGAACAAGUUUUGGUUGAUGAUGAAUUUAGCACUCCGACAACAACAGAACAACGUAGCUCGUCGAUAAAUGGUACGGUUAAAAGCAGCACGCGACAUCGUAAAAGUGCUGCUCUUGUUGUUAGUGAGUGUGAUGGAGCUGCUAGUGCUGUGUCUUCUUCAACAGCACGUUAUCGUCGUUCAUCGAUUGAUUUGAUCAUUGAUGAAUCAAUUAAAACCGAUAUAAAAUCAUCGAAUCACAAACUUUUCAUUACUACCAGUGGUGGAGCAUGUGCUAGUGCUAGUAAUAAACAGCAGCGAAAAUCACUUUCAUCAUCAAAUGAUAGAACUCGCUCAUCAUCUGCGACUGGAGCUGCAGUUGUAGCCAAUGCAGCGAAACGUUUGCGUUCAUCAGGAUCAUCGUCGUCAGCAACAGCGGCAGCAGCAAAAUCUUCACGACGUAUCAGCAAUUCAAAUCAGAAUCAAGAUGGCAAUCGGGAAUCUAAUAACCGAACCAGCAGCACACCAUCACCACCAAAAUUUUGCUCAUCGACGCCAUCUUCAUCGCAUAAAGAUGUUAAUGUGAACAUUAGUAGUACUAGUAUUGACAGUAAUAGUGCAUCGUUGACACCGUCCAGUGCAAAACGUAUUCGAACACCAAAAUUACCACAUACUCCACCAAUAUCUGCUUCUCAUUUAAAACCAGACUUGAUGAUGGAUCAUCAUCAUCAUCACCAUUAUUCGUGUGCUGACGAUGACAGUGGUGUUCGGCAUUCAAGUUCAACUGCAACUGCAUCGAAAUCAACUGGUGCAACUACUAAACGAUCAUCAGCAUCCUCAGCGUUGUCAAUCUCACCUAACAAUAAUAAAAGUCGAUUGAGUACAAGAAAGCGUUCAAAUGAAGCUGCAAAUUGUCUGAUUCGUAAAGCAAAAGCAAAAUCGCGUUCGGUCGGUAUUAUGCCAUCAACACCGAAACGUGCCAAUCCUCAACAAAUCAUCAAAAAUAGUUCACGAAAUACAAUGAAAUCUGUAAGGCAAACCAGUGUAACGAGUGGUGCAGCACGACGUGGAUUGCGAUUUGCAGCGGUGCAAAAUGAUAGUGGACUGGAAAAUAUGAAGAGAGGAGGAUGCUUAGCAGCAGUAGAGUCAUCGUCAGUAGCACGACGCUUAUCAUCGUCAUCGUCGAUGUCGAUCUCACCAAAUAAACAACAACAACGCAGCGGUAAUAACAUCAGACACAAAGCAGGUGCUAGUGCAGAACUGCUAUGCUAUACACCUGAAAAGCCCAUAGUAGCGUCUGCAUCUGAUACGGAAUUGUUUGAACGAGCCUGUUCAAUGGCAAGAAGGAAAGUGGAAGAUGUAGCAACGACGACAAACGGCGAUGUGAGUUUGCUGGAAAGGAGUAGCUGUUCGAGUAGUGCGAAUCGUAGUCAUAAAGCAGAUGAAAGUGUUAUUGGCUCUAGCAACAACGUUAACUGGCAAACAGUGGCUGAAGAAGGUACGGCUGGUAGCUGUGGUGAUGGAGCGAAGUUAGAUAAUGCAUCAUCGUCACGACAUCCUCGAUUGGAAUGCAUUAUGAUCGGUGGUUAUCGAAUCGAUACGUGGUACUCGGCACCAUAUCCAGAGGAGUAUUCACGUCUCACCACGCUUCAUAUCUGCGAAUUUUGUAUGCAGUACAUGAAAACUGAAACUGCAUUCCGAAGACAUUUGCUGAAAUGCAGUUUGCGUCAUCCACCUGGAAAUGAGAUAUAUCGCAAAGAGAAUAUUUCGGUUUUUGAGGUAGAUGGCAGUGUUUCAUUAAUGUAUUGUCAAAAUAUUUGUUUAUUAGCGAAGUUAUUCUUGGAUCAUAAAACGUUGUAUUAUGACGUGGAGCCAUUCUUGUUUUAUAUUUUAACGCGAAAUGAUGAGAACGGUUUCCACUUUGUUGGUUAUUUCUCAAAGGAAAAGUAUAGUGCACAGAAAUACAAUUUAUCUUGUAUUAUGACGUUACCGUGUUAUCAAAUGCAAGGUUUCGGUCGUUUCUUGAUCGAUUUUAGUUUUCUUCUGUCACGUCGAGAGGGUAUGAUGGGUACACCGGAAAGACCGUUAUCAGAUUUAGGUAGAAUAUCGUAUUUCAAUUAUUGGUUAUCGGCUAUUUUGGAGCAUUUACACGAUUCGUUGGACGCAAAUCAUCCGAAAAAAAUCACCAUUAAAAGUAAUUUGCAUUUUUGUAUUGCACGUUCAACGGGCAUAUCGAUAUUUGAUAUCAUUGAAACAAUCGAGCCGUUGGGCAUGAUUGAAAAAGAAGAUGCACACGGCUUUCUACUCGAAGCAUUCGAUAGUCGGAUACCUUGCUUGCGAUUAAGUCUUUUGACAGCACGGUCGCAGUCAAGUGCGUGUUCAGAUGUGGCUGUUGUUGUUGCUUCGUGGGAACCAAGAGAGUACACACCAUACAGCCCGAUGAAAGAGGGUCGUUCACCAGUUGCAACUGCAGUGAACCGACGUGCAAGCUUGUCACCGAAACGAUCACCAGUCGACACUCGCUCACUACAUCAUGUCACGGCGGCCGUAGCCGACAAGAAAGUUACUGGUGGAACCUAUCGAAAGUAUUCGAAAGCUGGAAGUGGAAGAGCUGUGGGUGCCAGAAAACGGCUAAUGUUCGAGAGUAAUAAUGCGAGUCGUUCAUGUGGUGGUUCGAGAUUAGCGAAUUCAGUGAAACGUCAAGUUGAUAAGAAAAAUAUUUCAUCAGCAAAUGAUAGUGAGGAUGAUGAUGAUGAUAAUGAUAACGAUAGCAAUCUUCAACACCAGCAGCAGCAGUCGCCAUCAUCAGUUGCAAAGAAUUCAUGCAAAGAACAGUCGAGGUUGAGACGACGAUCAAAUCCGGAUACAAGCGAUGAUAAUGAUUCAUCGGAUGACGAAGAGCAUCAUGAUGGCGGCCAUGAGCGUUUUCGUGGUAGUAAACGAUUAGGAUCCAGACAACGAUCAAAAGAUGGUACGUCAAUCGGUAAAACUGGUGGAAGAACACGACGAAGUGAUGCUCAUGCGAGUAAUAAAAAUGAUAAUAAAAAGAAUAAGAUAAGCAGUGCUAUUGCUAGUCACAAGUUUACUGAUAAUAAUGGUAUCGUAGCAAAAUCGAGUACUACAACAGCUCUUCUGUCUCAGCAACAACAGCAACAGCGAAGAAGAUUGAGACGUAAACGACAUUAUUCGAUGAAUAAAACGAAAAAAUUACGAUCACAAUCGAGGCGACGACGUUCUUCUUAUAGAGAUUCCACUUCGACAUCAUCUUUGACAUCAUCGUCAUCCUCACCAGCAUCUUCGUCGUUGUCGAAUAACGAUAGCGAUGAGGAUGAUGAAAAUGAUCGUUCAUUUGCAGAUGCGAGUGUUGUUGGUUGUAAUAAAGUGAAACUGCCAACGAAACGAUCGCCGCAGAAAAGACGAAAACGAAGACGAGUUGCGAAGACUGUGGCAGCACCAACAACAGCAAUCAAGGCAGCAUCAGCAAUAGAUUUAAGGCGACGAGUAUCGUCAUCACGUGAGAGUUCAGUGGAUACAGUGGAAACGGUUGCGAUGUUGGAUGGUGAUGCAGCGGUUAUUGAAGAUUUAGGUUACGAUCAGAGUCAGAAUAUUAGCAGUGCUUUUGAUGGUUCAAUUAUACAUUCCAAUCUGAAUGCUGAAUCGUCUAUACCGAGCAAAAUGCAAGAAGAGGAACGGACACAGCCACAACCAUCAUCAUGUGCCACUGUUGAUGGCGCUGUUGAUGUUGGAACGGCUGAAAUUGAACGAUGGACCAGUUCUACAACUUCAGUGAAAAGUGCUAGUAAAGGGAUGGUAGCAGCAACUGGAUCAUCGUCUUCGUCGAGUUCUUCGUCUACUUCAUCCUCUUCUUCGUCGUCAUCAUCGCCUCGAUCGAUCAGCAGUGGCAUUGCUACCUCAACUAGUGUUCAGUGUUUCAAUGCUCCAUCAGUCGCUGCUGUUGGCGCAGCAACAGCACAGAGUUCCUUUAACGAAAACAAUAUCUGUGGCACUGAACCGAAAGGAUUCGAACACACAUUCAUGAAUGACGGUCGGCAAGUGACCAAAAAUGAAGUGAUAACGAGUGAACAAGCAAAAACAAAAGAGAGCUUUGACGAUGUAGAUGGCGAGGAUCGUCGGAGUCUCUCGAGCUGCAGUCGGACGUUGAGUAUUUUGGAGGCAAUACUAGAAGGUUCCAUCGAUCAGGUGCGACAAUUACCGGAAAUCUCUGAAUUCGUGUGAUGUAAUAUCGAGUUAAGUAAUGAUGAAUUAUUGCCGCCAAGACUAGAGGCAGCCAAUGAUGAUAAUAUGCCGUCGUUAUGGCAUCGUCAACAACCUGAAGUCAGUUCACCCGAACCAAAUAUGAUGGAGGUGAGCUUCACUGGUGGUUCAACGGAAGCAUUGUUAUUGGAACGUCGUGAUGCCGCAGUAUCAGCGGAUAAUGAUAUGGAUGUAGAUGAUAACAACAGUCGAGCAUCGUCUCUUUCACCAACCGAAAUGCCUCAGUUACGCGUGAGUACGGCCGCUGGCUGUGGUACGGGAACGGGCACUGAAAGUGUUUAUGACGGUGGAGAAGAUGAGGAUGCUCCUCCACGUUUGUCACCCAACUUUGCACCGGUACUUUUGCCUAUUCAUACUGAAGUUGCUGAUGAAGGAAGUCUAAGUGAAAAUGAUGAAACAACACCGCUGCAGUGGAGAGUCGAUGAACGCGUUAACAAUGCUGCAAUACUGACAACAGCAACCGCAAGCACCACCACCUCAGUAACAACCACAACAAUAACCACAACUAUGGAUAAUGCUCGUUGUGCAACUAAACGAUACUCUGAUAAUAACGAUAACAAUGACGCGAAUAAUAAUCCGGCUAAAUCCAGUAAUAAUCAACUGCUACUAUUCAACACUUCGUCAGUGCCACCGCACCUAUCUGCUGCAAUCAUGAAAUCACCAUUAAGCAAGCAGCAACAAAUGCCUCUUCAUCAUAAGACGUCCACAUCUGUGAACUUGGGUGGUGAUGCUGGAAGUGAAGGGAGCGAUGCAGAAACAAGCAAUGAUGCAGCAACAGCAGCAGCUGGCUUAGACGACUCAAGUCUAGAGGUGAAUAGAAGAAGAAGGAUGGCUGCUGCGUCGACACACAGCGAUCGUCGUCUUGAUGGCACCGCACAAAGCGGAUGUUCCGGAGCAGUGCGCACCGUGUGUGAGAUAGCAACAGUUGACACGGAAGCAACAACGGCUGCACUCGACCGACCACCGAAAGCACCUCAGAUGUUAACGCAACCUCUCGAUGAUCACGAUCAUGAAAUACUGAGAGUGCGUUUGAUUUGCAGGGCAACUAUAAUUUGUGGACAACAGCAACAGCAACAACAUUCUUCGAUCACAUCUGUCAACAAUUGUAAUGGUGAUGUUUUGUCGGUUGUUGACAAUAAUAUCACCGGUAGUAUUGUUGAUAAUAAUAAUAUCACAUCAUCACAGCAGUAUGUUGUCUCAUCAUCAUCAUGCUCACUUCAGCAACAGUGCAAUACACCAGCGGCCCCUGCGACGUCAUCGUUAUCAUCGACAAUUCAGUCACAUCACCAUCAUCACCAUCAUACGGAUAUAUGUGGCAAUAAGAGUCCAGAAAGUCAUAUCUAUUUGAAUGUUGUUGCCAAUGAGAUCUCAUCAGAAACAUUGAAUAAUGACAGUAGCAGUAGUAAUAACGCGAAUAACAACAUAAACAACGAUAACAAUAACACACCUACAGUGCGUUCAAAUGCUGCAUCAACACUGCGAUUAUCGUCAUCAACACAACAACAUUUACAUGAAACAACAAAUCUUGUGAGUGCAAAGAUGAACUAUGGCAAUAUUUCAUUAUCAACAGCUAAUGGAUCACACUGUGACGAAACAUCAUUAUCAUCCGCAUCAGGCUAUCAACUGCAGCAGCAAUCGCUGCCAUCGUCGAAUUUGAAUUUAUUGCCAUCAACUUCAACCAGUACUACAUCAAUGCCAUUAGUAGGAGCGUGUUCAGUGUCAACUCUUCAACGAGCUUCACCGUCAUCACCAUUAUCAUCCAACCAAGCUCAACCUCAGAUAAUGACAACAGCGACAACCGCUGCAACUGCAGUAGUAACGACAAACAGUACUGCUACCAGUAAUAGUAACAGUAAUUCCGUGACAGUAACAACAACAACAGCAAUGAAAAUAUCGCCUGGUGUCGGUGCUACUGCGGCUGCUGCUUCAUCUACAGCCGUACCGUUGUUGUCUCGUGGAUCAGUUAUGUUGACCGCAAAUUUUAGUCAACAGUUGCAACAUCAGCAGUUAAUGAAUAAUCAUCAACAUCAGCGUCUUCAUCAGCAACAAUCUAUUGUGCCUCAAAGAAGAAAUGCUUCAAAAAAAGAGACGAAUCGAUUAUCAAAACAACAACAACAACAACAGCAGAAUGUGGUGGCUUCAUCAUCAGCUUCGUCUAGUCAGCAACGAAUGCUGUUAUCUUCAGCCGCAGGACGAUCCACUGCAGCAGUCGUAUCAACAGGAGCAAUCAACCCAUAUAUGCUGAACGCAGCAGCGGCAGCAUCCAUUCAUCAUCAACUAGGUGCUGCCGCAGGUGCGGGUAUUGUUCAUCCGCAUAGUGCACAGUCACAUCAUGGUCAACAUCUUGCGCAUUCUUCACAUACUCCUCAACAGCAACAAACAGCAUACUACCCAACAAGUUAUGGUGGCGCCGCAAUAUCAUCACAUUUCGAUUCGACAGCACAUUCAUUUUAUACGGCUACCGGUAGUAUCGCAACGCCAUUCGGUGCUGCCAAUUCAACAACGGCCGUCAAUGGUGUAGUGGCUGCGGCUGCAGGGGGUGUGGCUGCUAAUAACUCAUAUCAUCAUCAGUCAUCGGUGGCAGCUGGCACUGCGUCUUCAUAUCAUAUGAAUAAUAUGCGUAAUACGGCAACCAAUAAUGCCAGUAAUAAUACGAUCAAGUCACAUCCACUUGCAGCUGCGUCAAGAAGUGGUGCAAUGUUAGUUGAUGCGGAUGCGGCACAAUCAGCCAAUGCCAUCGGAUCUGCACCGACAAUGAUGGAUGCAGCCGGACUUCAGAACGGUACUAUUGCCGGACAGAAUACUGCUGCGACUGCUGCUCCGUGGAGAUACCCGAGUACGGCAGCAGCAGCGACAACAGCUUCAUCAUUCGCUAGUAAUGGUUUCAUGAUGGAUGCGUUUGGUGGUGGUAGUGUUGCGCAUUCGAACAGCGCCGGAAAUAGUGGCCAAUUCGCACUAUCAAAUCAGCUUUAUCAACAGCCGUAUUACUCAUAUUUUGUGCCGAUGAUGCGUAAUGAUAUUAACUGA